GUGGCCGUGUCACGAGCAGCAGGUGGGGGCCCUGGCCCUGUCCCUGGGUUUCUCCCAGGUGUCGCUGUCCUCGGCCGUGGCCGGCAUGGCGCGGGCAGGGUGGCCGUGUCACGAGCAGCAGGUGGGCUCCCUGGCCCUGUCCCUGGGCUUCUCCCAGGUGUCGCUGUCCUCGGCCGUGGCCGGCAUGGCGCGGGCAGGGUGGCCGUGUCACGAGCAGCAGGUGGGGGCCCUGGCGCUGUCCCUGGGCUUCUCCCAGGUGUCGCUGUCCUCGGCCGUGGCCGGCAUGGCGCGGGCAGGGUGGCCGUGUCACGAGCAGCAGGUGGGGGCCCUGGCGCUGUCCCUGGGCUUCUCCCAGGUGUCGCUGUCCUCGGCCGUGGCCGGCAUGGCGCGGGCGGUGCCGCGGGGCCUCACGGCCUGCGCCGACGCCUACCUGAGCCCAGGUGUGCAGCGCUACCUGCGGGGCUUCUGUGAGGGAUUCCGCGACGGGCUCAAGGGGGUGCAGGUGCAGUUCAUGCGCUCGGACGGGGGGCUCACCCCCAUGGCCUCCUUCGGGGGGGCUCGGGCCAUCCUGUCGGGCCCGGCCGCGGGGGUCGUGGGCUACGCCCGCACCACCUUCGACCCCCAGGACGGGACCCCCGUCAUCGGCUUCGACAUGGGCGGUGAGCGCGGGG